UUUACUCGUUCCUCGAAGGCGCUCCGACCCGCAGAUGCAGGGUGGGGGAGAACAACCCGACGUUGUGAAACUGCGUUCGCAGGAUAUAGUUACGUUGCGCAGCCUUGGAGAUGUUUAGACAUGAAUGCCCCCACAGUUGAUUUCUUUGUGCGCAUCCAGUCAGAGUCCCGUUAGAAGCCCAACAGCGACGUGAAUACAACGCCUAGAAUGCUUCAUCUUGGAACCAGACUCGCACUCUUUAGUUUAGGCUCUGGGGAGCCAGAAAAUACCAAAGGCCAGAGUCUGAAGCCUUCACAAACCCCUCAGGACUUUCUGAAGUAUGUCCGAAAACUCACUGGGUUGAAAAGCGAACAUGUUUUCUGCAACCUGCGCGUCCCGAACCAGGAUCAAACCGCCAACGACGACAUCAACAUAGUCCUCCUCACAGGCAGAGGGGUCUUCUGCCUGGACCUGAAGCCCUGGAGGGGCGCAGUGUCGGCCCACCAGCGGGGCUGGCAUGUGCAGCUCCGUCAGGAGGGCGGGGACCUCCCCAACACCUGCGUGGAGCAGGUGGACGACCCCGUCCAGGCCAUCACGACCAAGACGGUGAACCUGUGCCACCAUCUGAAGAGGAGCGGCGUGUGCGUGCGGCCGAGCCUCUUCAUCCCCAGGGUGGUCUUCCUCUCUCCCGACUGUGAUCUGGACCAGGAGCUGAGGAAGAGGAAGGAGCUGGUGUCCUACGACCAGCUGGACCCCUUCCUCGCCUCCUUCAGGGAGAGCUAUGUGGGGUGGUUGUCGGACGCCCUCACCCCCUCCUGGAUCUCCGGGCGCCAGUCGUACCGGCAAUUGGAGGCGGUGCGGGGGUUGCUUGGCCGGGCGGGGACCUGGGACCUGCUGCAGCUCCGCGGCGGGGAGCAGCUCCGAGGGGACUACCAGGGCUGUCCGUACGUGGCCCUCGACCGGCAGGAGACCGGCACGCUGGAGUUUACCGGCGCCAAGACCCUGUCUCCUGAUUCGCUGUGGGCUCUGCUGGGUCACGCCCCUCGGGUCACGGUGAGGAUGUACAAGCGCGGCGCCCGUGGCUGGCUGGGCAAGACCCAGAGCGCCAGCGCCACCCUCCCCUCCGACACCCUGGUGCUGUUCAGACGCAGCGGGGAGGACACCGAGGCCAAGAUCCCAGCCGGCACCAUCCACAGCAUCAUCCUCAGCAUCUGACCGCCACCCCCCCCCCCCCCCCAACCCCACCCCAGUCUAUUCUCCCCCCCCCCCCCCCCCCCGGCUCAGAACUCCAGGAGUGUAGAUGUUCAUUGAAGGUUUUGCCUUAUUCUCCGCUGAGACGAUUAUGAAGGGUUCUGUUCGCACACGGAAUCGCGUAAACAUACUCCAUCGCCACACGUGUUCCGCGCACUCCACGGCAGACGGCCGCGCUCCCGCGGGUGUUAUGUUAACGAGGACCGUUGAGGCAAUUAAGCCGAAUUAGCCUCCGAUUGUUUUGAAUGCUUAGGGCGUGCCCACACCCUUCACACCAGCCGUUAGUUAUCCAUUACGUCGUUCCGCCUGCGCCGCCGAAGCCAGCCGAUGUUUGGAAGCGUUUUUUUUUUUAAGUCUUAAUUGUGUCGGAUUGUAAUGUGACGAGGAGCAGGGGAAGUCAUUGGUUGAAAGAGCCGUGAUUGAUGAUCUGUUCAGAACGUCUUCAAAAGAGGUGCUUUAUUAAUAUGCCAGGCCCUAACGAGGGGAUAAGGACAUGUUGAAGAGCGCCCUGGCUCAGUUAUCAACAGCUGGCCCCCUUGGUAGCUUCAGCCACUCACUCUUGUAUCAGUUAUGCGGCGCAUUGGGCUGUGCUAACAGCUAGCAGUUAUGUUUAGCGUACCUGGCAGUGGGCAAAAAUGGAGUUAUUUCCAUCAAGAUAUCGGAGCAUUUUGCUAAUCCAAUAGAAAAGGCUUUCUGUUCGGAUGCGUAUCUGUGUGCAUGGCAGCUCUCUACCUGAAACAUCGUUAGGCUAUACUCUGGGUCCUCAAGUUUUUUUUCCUAAUGUCUGUUUACAAAUUUGCCCGAGGUGCCAAUCUCUGGCAAUUGUGGAGAACACCACUCCCCACAUCUGACCACCGGACAGGGUGAUUCUCUGUGUUUUUAGAGGUUUGCAGGUUAGGCAUAGGCUACUCUUCCCAGAAGGCCACUUUCGGCCAAGAGGACACUCUUUUAGCCAUAACUUUGUUGGGUUGAGUGGUGUUAUUGCUUAUCAGGAGGACUUACUCUAACUCUUUCUCACAAUCUAGGUGUAUGAUUGCACCUAAUACGUUUACGUAUGGACUAUUGCCCAAACUUUACAUUAGAGUGGUCUCAGGAAAUGCAUUCUGGAGCCAUCAGUCCACAACUUGUCUUUUAUAGAGGGGGUAAUGGGAUUUUCUUCAGGGUUUGGUUAUUGAAGUGGCCUCGCAUCACAGCGACCUGGUGCACUCUUUUUAAACAGUGAAGGUUUAAGGCUCAGGGGUAUUUAAGUCAAAGUGGGUUAGGGUUAGAGACUUUUGUAACCACUCUAGAUUGUGUUUUCUCAUGCAUGUUGGUUUCAUUUUGUUGACAUACCUUUUUUACCGACAUAUUGUAGUCACUUUGUGCAAGUUUGUGUUAUUUGCCUUUCAAAAUAAAACUAUUGAAUGCAA